AUGACGGCCCUAGCCAGUCGAGUUUUAAGCUCGUCGUACUUCAGAACUGCUUGUAGGGCUGCCCACACAGUGGCGGCGCCAUCUUCAACGUCAACCGCACUCGAACUCAUUCGUUCUCAGCCUUCCCAAUACGUUGUUGCCUCCGUUGUCGGUACCAAGUACCUCUUGUCCCCACGAGACGUUCUCACUAUUCCCCGGCUACGCGAUGUUAAUGUCGGUGACGUCCUGGCAUUAGAUGAAAUCCAUGAAAUUGGCUCCCGAGAAUACACGCUGCGCGGUAACCCUACCAUACCUGCCAGCUGUAUAAAAAUAGAGGCUACGGUGGUAGAACAUACAAAAGGAAAGAUGGAGUUCAUCUUCAAGAAAAAGCGGAGAAAAGGCUACCAAAAGACGAAGAAACACAAGCAGACGUAUACGCGUCUUAGGAUUGGCGACAUUCACAUACCGGCUGUGACAGAUGCAAUACAAUCAUAA